GUAGGGAUUGAACGAGAUUAACGAGACGAGAUAAAAGCACGCAGUUCCUCAUCGCGCUUGAACUUGAUCGUUCAGAGGCCGGAUAUCUAUGCCACUUACCUGGUGUGCGUGCUGCAAAAUGCAUGCUCUCAGCAUCCCAGAUUGACCUUACCUGACUCUAUGUCUGCAUUCGCGGUGAUGUGUCGUCUUCUAGGAUGCGCGGCGCCGCCUGUUCAUGCGUCCACCAACGUACCGAAGAGACCCUUUAUCCCUUCCUGCUCUGCUUCUUGUUUCUGUAAUAUGUCUGAGCGUUUGCGGGGGUGUUCAAGCGUCCAUAUCGGCGACCCGCUGCCGCAAUACACGCUGUUCCCGGUCGAGAUGCACACAGGCCUUCGCGCUCGAAGCCCGUUGUAGUCCCAGAAUCCGGUCUCGUAGAACAGAUUAUGCUCCAUAUGCGUCAUGCGCGAUCCGCGGGCCGCCCAUGAGGUGCAGGGGGUUUACAUCCUCGCCGUAUCGCCGCUCCGUCCGCUUCGACCCUGGGCCUGGGGCCGCUGGUGUCAACGCUGUUCUAUCCUCUCUGCAGCAUCCACAGUCCGUUGAAUCUGCCAUGUAUGCUUGAGAAGUCGUGUGCUGUUCCUUCCGAUCGCCGCACGUCUGAACUGCGGCGCUCGUAUAGCGGCCCUCCG